CCCAGGAAGGCAGAGUGCAUGAAAUCCACCAUGGCUUGGUUUAAAGCAAACGCAGGCAGAGAUGUUAACCCUGAACUUGCCAGCGAGAGGGAAUCCCCUUCUUUUAAUGUCGAAACUCUCACGAAUGUGCUGGAUGGAUCUGCAGAUGAGACACGUCUGCGGAGAUCAGUUGUGCUUGCUGUUAUCACAGACCCUGCUUUCAGCCGAGAGAAUCUUUAUUUUAAGACACGACAAGAACGAUACGAGGGAGCCAUCCGAAAUUCUUUCCACCUGAGAAAGAAAAUGACCGAAUACGGUUGGACCACUGAUGGACCAGAGAUUUCAUACGUUUACAGAUCACUUUCAGGAGAAUUGGCUCUUAAUGUCCACGGUGUCUUUCUAAAGUCUGUUAUGGCGUUGGGCACAGAUGAACAAAUUGCAAAGUGGGCCGUGCUUGCCAAUAAUUAUAAUAUUAUAGGAACCUAUGCACAGACCGAGCUAGGACACGGAACAUAUCUCCGUGGUUUGGAAACAACAGCAACUUUUGACAACAAGACACAAGAAUUUAUAAUAAACACUCCUCAAAUAACUGCUACUAAAUGGUGGCCUGGAGACAUGGGUAAGUCAUGCACCCAUGCUGUUGUCUUGGCACAGCUAAUCAUCAAAGAUAAGAAUUACGGAAUGCAUCCUUUCAUCGUGCAAGUUCGGAGCCUAAAAGACCACUCUGCUUUACCAGGUAUAACAGUUGGAGAUAUUGGGCCAAAAAUGUCUUUUGAGAAUGUGGACAACGGAUUUCUUAUGAUGAGGAACAUUCGUAUUCCAAAGGAGAACAUGCUGAGCAGAUAUUCUGAGGUACUCUCAGAUGGCACCUAUGUUAAGCGUGGAUCUGAUAAGAUAAAUUACUUCACAAUGAUAGCUGUGCGAGUUUCCAUUCUUGGUAAUGAAGUCUUGGCUAGCCUGAUGAAAGCUUGCGUCAUUGCUGUCCGAUAUUCUGCCGUCCGUCGCCAGUCGGAGUUAAAACCAGGUGAUAAGGAGUCAAAAAUCAUUGAUUACCAAACUCAGCAACAAAAGUUGUUUCCGCUUCUUGCUACGUGUUACGCCAUUCAUUUCAUGGUAAAAUACGUCAACAAAGUUUACAACGAUGUGUCCAAGAUGAUUAAAGCAGAAAAUUUUGACUCACUCCCAGAGCUUCACGCUCUUGCAUCCAGUGUCAAAGCCUAUGCAACAGAAAUCUGUGCCAAUGGAGUGGAGGUGUGUCGGAAGGCCUGUGGGGGUCACGGAUAUUCUCUUUUUAGUGGUCUCCCUACCCUGUACACAAAGGUAGUUGCAGCGUGCACUUAUGAAGGAGAAAAUACUGUUCUACACCUGCAGACGGCAAGGUUUUUGAUCAAGUGUUUUGCUGGCGCCCAGUCUGGUCUGCAGUUACCUCCCAUUACGAUGUAUUUAUCGUUGCCACCCACUGGUCAUUGUCCGGCAAGCAACCAUUUGGACUUUGUGAACCCUGAUGUAUAUGUGGAGGCUUAUCAGCACAGAGCGUUUAGACUCAUUGCAGCAGCUGCACAUAAAUUGCAAAGCUUGGUCCAGUCUGGCAGUGAGCAGUAUCUGGCAUGGAAUAACACAUCGGUGGAGCUGGUGACGGCCUCUAUAGCUCAUACGCACUACAUGACAGUGAAAAUUUUUGUUGAUGCACUGAAUUCGGUUUCAACAGAACCAGAAAUCCAGAAGGCAUUAAAGAGUCUCUGUGACUUGUACGCACUGCAUGGAAUAUUUACCAAUGCUGGAGAUUUCCUACAGGAUGGAUAUUUGUCUGGAAAACAACUGGAUAUGGUGACAACAGCCUACCUUAACCUCUUGCCUGUGAUCCGGAAGGACGCAGUUCUUUUAGUAGAUGCUUUUGACUACACGGAUGCAGAGCUACUAUCAGCAAUUGGCAGUUAUGAUGGAAAUGUCUAUCACAACCUUCUAGAAUGUGUUCAGAAAAAUCCAGAUAACAAGAAGGUUAAUCCUAUGUUUGAGAGUCACCUGAAGCCUUACUUUCAAAUUGCCGAAGCAAAGCUGUAAAAAACAAGCAGUUUAUGAAGCGGUUAAUUCUGCAAAUUAACAUAGUGUACAUGGCAUUGUAAUAUAUCUUGCAGGAUGUUUAUGUACAUUAACAAAAUAAUAAUUUAGAUUUAAUUUUAGCCAACUGAAUAAUGUGUCAAUCUUACCUUAUUCUUUGUACGUGAAACACUAAAUCUUUUAUUUACAAGAAAUGACUUCAAAAUUAAAGUAGCAUUUGGAGCCUCCAUUCACAGGGAUUUAAAUACAUUUGUAAAAAAAUAAAAUUAAAAUAAGCAAAUGAAAGCGGGUCUAUUAAAUGAAAAAAACUAAGAAAGUAAAGCAAUAUAUUUGCAUAUUUAAAAUUACACAAAACCAAACUCUUUAGUAACAAACAUUAAACAUUGAAUUCUGCAUUUAUUAAAUUUAAAAUAAAACUUCAAUAAGACUGGAUUUUGAAUACUGCAGUUUUUUAGUUUAUUGAAUUCGAUUGUUUGACUUGAUAAUGGCCUGGUAGGGUCAAAACGUUGCUGCUUUUACAACAAUAAAGCUGAUAUUUGUGUUA